GGUUAAUCCAAAGCGUCGCUUUGUGUCUGAUAGCUUUGCGUGCGAAAGUAAGGAAGAUGUCGGUGUCUAGUUCGGCCAGUAAGAACCACCCAGCAGAUAUGCCCCGAAACCGUCGUGUAAAUGGGUCAGCCAAUGGCUCCGACAAACCAGUAUCGAAGCCUGCGUCUCUGCCAGAAACCCAUAUGGAGUUCGGUGGUCCUGCUGGAGUGACGGCGUUGGUGUUGGGAUUUCCACUACUGAUGUACUACAUGUACCUUGGUGCGACGCUCUACGAUGGCCAUCCUCCAACACCACAGAAUGGCGAGACCAUCAGUGAGUUCCUGUACCAUCUUUUCGACCUUGCGUACACCCACGCGUUCCCUCAUCGGCGAGCAUGGGCCAUCUACUGGACCUUCCUGAUCCUACAAGGAAUCGGGUACAUUUAUCUGCCAGGAGUAUACGGCAAAGGAAAGUGUUUGCCUCAUCUGAACGGGAAGCAGCUCGACUACUAUUGUUCGGCGGUAUCAUCCUGGUAUAUAACCAUUGCUGGCUCGUUGGCUCUGCACUUUACCGGGGUCUUUCGUCUUGAUACGUUGAUCAACGAAUUCGGCCCGAUUAUGUCGGUGGCUAUCUGUUCAGGGUUCCUGGUCUCCAUAAUCGCCUAUGUGUCGGCAUUGGCCAGAGGAGCGCAACAUCGCAUGACUGGCUCACACAUGUAUGACUUCUUCAUGGGUGCCGAACUGAACCCUCGGCUGUUCAAAUGGCUCGACAUGAAGAUGUUUUUCGAAGUUCGAAUCCCCUGGUAUAUCCUGUUCCUCCUGUCACUGGCCACAGCACUGAAGCAGUGGGAAGAAUUGGGUUAUGUUUCGGGCGAAGUGUGUUUCGUGCUGAUGGCACACUUCCUGUACGCCAACGCGUGCGCCAAGGGCGAGGAAUUGAUUAUCACCAGUUGGGAUAUGUAUUACGAGAAAUGGGGAUUUAUGCUCAUUUUCUGGAACCUCGCGGGUGUGCCAAUGAGCUACUGCCACUGCACCCUGUACCUCGCGUCUCACGACCCAUCAACCUAUCGUUGGAAUCGAGUUGCGCUGGCUGCACUGUUCGCGAUGUAUCUCUUUGCUUACUGGGUUUGGGACACAUGCAAUAGCCAGAAGAAUAUGUUCAGAGCCCAGGAACGCGGGUUCUGGGUUGACCGGAAGACAUUCCCUCAACUUCCCUGGAAAUACAUCGAAAACCCGGACAAGAUUCCUACUGUAACGGGUGACUCCAUUCUGUGCAGUGGAUGGUAUGGUAUGGCACGCAAAGUGCACUAUACUUGCGAUUGGUUUUUCGCCUUUUCUUGGGGGUUGAUUACAGGAUUCAACUCCCCAUUUCCAUGGUUCUACUCGGUGUUUUUCACGACGAUGAUUAUUCACCGCGUCAUUCGGGACAUCCAGCGAUGCCGGGAGAGAUACGGCGAGGCGUGGGCGGAAUACGAACGCCGGGUUCCAUACCUGUUCAUUCCGUAUGUAAUCUAAGAUUCAAUUCCAGUCCGUGAUGGAGUGGGGGCAUCUGUUUUGGUGUGUAAGAUAGCGAUGGAUAUUGGACCUUAAGUGCAACGUUGUUAGCCUAAAGUGUCGCUCAUGUAAUUAGAAUUCAAUAUAUCCAUCACCGAUCGGUUCGCCCCGAUGAAGUCGUUCAGAAACAUGGAGAUAUCUUCCUGACUCAUUGUAGAGUCGAAUGUGUCUUCCGGCCACGGCACGUUUGGUAGAGAAAUGUUGGCCGGGCCAUCUAUCGUAGUGGGAAUGACAAGUGAGCCAUCCUGGUGUUGUUCCAGACCCAUCAGAGUCUGCUGAGAUUCCACAAGAACUUGCGCCGCUCUGGCAAACGCCUCACAGAUUGUAUAAAGAUGUCUCGAUCCGCGAGACAGCCCCUUGAUGAGGUCUAGAGACUUGACCGUCUCCUGGAGAAGAGUGAGGUCGGCGUUGCUGGCAGUGGUAAUCGCAUGUGUGAAGACAAUCACAAAUGGCGCAAAUGAUGGGUAGAGUAGGAUCCAAUGAACGUAUUCAAUUUGCUUAUGGGUUUGGCGACCGCGGAAAUAGGUGAAGCAUUUAAGGUGGCUAUGCAAAGCUAGUGUGGCGGCUUCAUAGCAUCGGGAUGAG